UUUUACAUUCUUAGAGCCAAAACCGAAACCCGUAACUCAGAGCCUGAGAGGAGAAAGAAAAGAAGAAUAAAAAACUCAAUCAGAGAGAGAGAGAGAGAGAGAGAGAACAAACUGAAGUCAGAACGAAGUCAUCGUCUUCCUUUGUUCUAGUUUCAAUUCUGACACUCUCUGUUGGUUUUCCAUUAAUAUGGUUACGGAAGGACCCGCCAUCGAAGCUCUCGGUUCUCUCUUCAAAAUCACACAAGUCUUUCUAUGGGAUGAUGGUUCUCCGGGUUCUCUCAAAUCGGCUGAAGUUCAUGGCAAUGGCAAUGACAAUGACAAUGACAAUGAAAAUGACAGCUCGAACCUUGUUCCUGAUUGGAGCGACCUUCUCGAACCUGAGGAUUUGGAACUUAACAAACAGAUGAGUGAAUUGGGUCUCCCUCUUUCCUUUCACACAACCAAAGAGAAAAGUGGACCAGGGAAAGGUAAAAAGAAGGGUUCACGUUCAAAGCUUCGGCGUACUUGUCAUACUGCAGAGGAGGUUGUAUCUGCUGCUGAAUUUCAUGAUAAGGCAAGCAGUUCUGUAUCUUGUAUAUCGAUGCUGGGCCAAAGUGAAUCAUCUUACUGCAGUGUAGUGGAGAUUGAUAUGACUCGAUGUGCCUCUGUUGAAGGAGAUAAUUCAGCAUGCUGCACUGCAGAGAAACAUGAUGAAGAUAUAAUUGAGGCAGCAACUAAUGAAACCCCAGAUAGUGACUCUCUAAUCAACAAUACAUGUGUUGAUUUAAAAAUUCCACCAGCUUUGGCCACCGGAGUCUCUGCUGGAAGCCACUUGACAAGUCCUAGCGCCAAUUAUUGUGGGAUAAAACACAAUGAAAGCUUAAUUGAUGUUGAAUGUUUAGAAAUUUCACCAAUUGUUAGCAAAGAGACGACCGAGAGUGAGACCAUUUGCAAUGAUGAUGAUGCUGGCACUUGGCAUCCACCAACUAAUGAAUCAGAAUUGGUUACCAUGAGUAUAGAAGGGACUGGAUGUGGCCAAAUCAACAUGUCAAAUUAUCUUGGCGAACUCGGAGAUUGGAUGGUGUUUUGGGAUACUUUCUACAUGAGAAAAUACUUCUAUAAUACCACAACACAGACUUCUACAUGGGACCCACCCCAAGGGAUGGAGCAUCUAGCAAUUGUUGAGUCUAUUGAAUUAGUCGAUGGCGGGGCUUUAAAGGAAGCAGAGGAGUGCAAAACACAAAAUAACACUAAAGCACCCCAUGAAACCUUGAUUGCAGAGGAGUCAGAAGGAAAACAACAUGAUGAGUAUUCAACUAGUAUCGAAGUUGGUGGGAAGUUGGUUUCCGAUCUCACUACACAUAGCGAGGACCAAUUGGUGGAUCAUUCUGAUGAGUAUCUUGAGAGAAGUAGUUGCAACGGUAGAGUUUCAUGCUCCUCAGUAUCAAAUGCCAUGGAGCACACAAUUAGUUCCAAUGAAGGAAACAUACAGGCAGCAUCAGAGGUUAAUUAUAAACACUUAGAAAACAUGGUUAUUGAUACACCUGAAUAUACUGAGUUUGAUCCAUCCACGUCAAAAGAGGGCAAUAAAGUGAAAAGGAGACAUAGGCAGAGAAGAAAAUCCUAUAGUGAAACUGAAGUUCAAUUUCAAGAAAUGCCUGAAGAGUAUCCUGCUGCAAUUGGCAAAUAUUGGUGGCAGAGAUAUAUUUUGUUCUCUAGAUUUGAUGAUGGUGUAAAAAUGGAUGAGGAAGGAUGGUUUUCUGUCACUCCGGAGCCUAUUGCUCGACAUCAAGCAGAGCGUUGUGCUAGUGGCAUUAUAAUUGACUGUUUUGUUGGCGUUGGUGGGAAUGCUAUCCAAUUUGUGAAGAGUUGCAAUCAUGUGAUAGCGAUUGAUAUUGAUCCGCUGAAGAUUGAUUAUGCUAGGCACAAUGCUGCCAUUUAUGGGGUGGAUGAUCAAAUUAACUUCAUAAUCGGUGACUUCUUUGUCUUGGCACCUAAGUUAAAGGCCGAUAUGGUUUUCUUGUCUCCACCUUGGGGAGGACCUGAUUAUUUAAAGGUUGCGACUUAUGACAUGAAGACAAUGCUUAAACCGCAUGAUGGAUUUACUCUGUUCAAUCUUGCGAAGGAGAUUGCUUCCAAAGUUGUAAUGUUCCUUCCAAGAAAUGUAGAUUUCAAUCAAUUGGCAGAGUUAUCUCUAUCUGCCAAUCCACCAUGGUCACUGGAGGUGGAGAAAGUUCACUUAAAUGGAAAACUGAAGGCGAUCACUGCGUAUUUCAGCGACACAAGAGUUGGAGGUUGCUCGGUGAAUAAACACAUACGCUUCUGCUCAAGCUCAAGUGAUGAAGAAUCAGGAUCCCUGCAAUGAAAAGAAACAUUCAUAGUCAUAGGUGAAUAUAAGGUCAUAUUCUUGGUUUGUGGUAUUUAUGUGAACCAUUUUAGCAUUAUCUGCAAAAUGUAACAAUGUCUUUUGUGUUACAUCUUGUGUGGCAUUGCUACAUUGUAUAGCUGUUCAUAUUGGAGAACCUUUUUUUUUUCUUUUGUAAAAAUAGUUUCAAUAGUUUAUAAAAUGGUUGAUUACCAAGCAAUAAUUCAUAGCA